AUGCGUCGAAGAAGACUAUCUACGGCCUCGACGUCGUCUAAGCAACGCCGUGGAUCCACAGCAAAUAUCCGAUCGAAGACACAUAACACGCCUCAUCAUACCCGUCGGUUUACGACUCUAAUUUCAGACCAAGAACCUGACACCACCUACCUCUGGGGCUAUCUUCUUUUCCUCUCGACCAUGAUCGGAUUUACAGCGAGCAUGUAUGCACUCGUCGCCUCCAAUUACAUGCCCAUGACAGGAAACAAGACACUCGAUUGGAUCAAGCAAGAUAGUCAUUACUGUAUGCUGGUGCCCGUUACCAUCCCUGUCACCGUGCUUUUCGUUUUGUUCAAUUGGCUAGGCAUGAAGCUGUUCCGACACAAUUGA